AUGCUGCCCACCUACGCCGCUGACGACUGCGACGAGUGCACCCCAGCGUCUAUGCACUCGGGUCGAUUCACGAGCAAAGCUGCCUUUUCGACCCUUCCCUUCGUCGCGACCUUUGCGGUGCUGACCCUGGUCGCCUACCGCAAAGUGUACCCUCUUCUGUCCCAGACUUCUCCCACAAGCCAGAGUCCUGGAGAUGUCGGCAGCAACAGCGGCAAAGGUCUCCCCAGGCCAGCGACCGCAGCGCCCGAGCCCACCACGCAACAGGUCGCCCGGCGGGUCGCGGCCAUUACAUUCGCGUCCACGAUCGCUCUCUCUGCCGUGUUGACGGAGCUGCUCCUCUGCGAGAUUUCGAAUUCGUUCAACCCUACGGCCAGAAGCAUUGCCCUGCAAAUCACCGUGGUCAGCCUGUUGGGCUUGCUGGUCGUGGCCAUCCCCCUGCUGGGCAUAUCCUCCGUGGUCGCAAAGUCGGGGUACAAAUUCCGGGGCGAGAAGAAGAGGAGCCGCGCCCAUCUGGCGUGGGUGCUGGAGUUUGCAGGCUACGCGGCCUUUCUGUUCGGCUUCUGGGCGAUCGGCGCGCUCCUGCCCGACACACCCACCAUCCCCAUCACGGAAAGCAUAACGCGGCAGUCGGGCCUCUUCCAAGCGUGUCUGGAUCGACUGGGCAUCACGGGCGUGUCGCUCAUGGCGCUGCUCUCGGGCUUCGCCUCCGUCAGCGCCACCUGGCAGAGCUUUGGGCCCAAGGCGCGCACCGUCGCCGACACAGACAUCACGCGCAAACAAGCCGGCCUCGACGCCACCAUGGACAUGCUCGCCGAGAAAAAGGAGCGCGUACGCAUGAUGGAGUCGAUGUCGCCUGCAGCUCAAAACCACCACGGCCCGAUCCAGAGCUUCUGGAGCCGCACCGUCGGCGCCGUCCGCAAGAGCACGUUCGACCAGCAACGGGAUGUGCUGGAGAUGGAGGCCUCCGGGCUCGAAACUAUGGCCUCGUCGCUGGAAACAUCGCUGUCGAUCCUCCGCGCCCGACGCGCGAAUCAGCUCCGGGCCACGACGCCCGCGGGGCGACUCUCGUUGGCCUUUUCGCACGUUUUCGCCUGCUACUGCGUCUACCGCAUCUGUACCACCACCGUCAACAUCAUUCGGCGGACUUUGAGCCCUUCUCCUUCCGCCGCCACCUCCGACACCGACCCCGUGACCUACACGAUCGCCCUCUUCGCGCGCCACGUCUACCCCUCGCUCGACCAGGCGUCGUGGGCGCAGCAGGUCUCGUUCCUCCUGUCGGGGGCUAUGCUCCUCGCGUCCUUCACGGCCGUGACGCAGACGUUCCACCUCUUUGCCCGCUUCAUGCCCUCGGUCCUGCACGCCACCAAGACCAACUUUGCCCUCCUCAUCAGCCAGAUCAGCGGCAUGUACGUCAUCAGCUCGGCCCUGAUGCUCCGCGGCAUGAUGCCCAGGGAGGUGGGCAGCGUGAUCAACACGGCCCUUGGCGCGGGGUUGCUCGAGCCCGCGUGGGUGCAGAGGUGGUUUGAGGGGUUUUUCAUGUUGGCUGUCAUGGCCACGGCCGUGGGGCUGUACUUGGGCAGACACGUCUCCGGGGCCGCCACGUGGGAGGAUGACGAUACCGGUUGGGACUUGGCCAUGGAACUGGGCAAGCAGUCAUGA